AUGUAUUAUUAUAUUGCUGGAGAAACGUUCCGAAGUAUUGCCGAGGCUGGUCCUAAUGAUAUCCUGAAAUUACACAAUCAGAAAGGAUUUUUCCUGCAAAUUUCUUCUAAUAUUCCUGUAAAUACUCCUGAUGAUCGGUACCAACUUGAAGUAGUGGCUAAAGUAUGGCGAGAUCGAAUACCUGAUGAAGUCUUAGAACAGUGGGAAAACAUUGAAAGAAGGCUAGCAACAUUAGAAAAUUUGGUUAUUUAUCAAACAACAAUGCCAAAAUGUUUUGAAGAAUUGCUUACAAAGGUGAACAAUGUGAAAAACAAAGUUGAGGGUAUUGCUUACCUCAGUUGGUUAGGACUCUAUAAAGAUUUACCUAAUUCGAAGACAAUUGUUCCAUUGUGGGAUAAAUACAAAAUGAAGGAUGAAAAACUAAAGCAACAACAAUAUGUAAUUGAUAAAUACAGAAGAAUUUCAGAAUCCCAAUUUUCACUUAACAUAAGAAACUAUUUAAAACAAUCUUCAUUUGACAAUUGGCAAUGGGAGGAAGCAGAAAUGUUACUACUUUUGGAAACAAUGUUCCAAGAACUGAACUUCAUUUCCACAUUUAAUAUUCAGUUUUCCACUUUGCAAGAAUGGCUGUGUGAUAUCUAUUUACAUUACUUUAAUGUGCCAUUCCACAAUUUCAAGCAUUGUUUUAUGGUUACCCAGAUGAUGUACAGUCUUAUUUGGCAACUAGAAUUGCGCAAUAUUUUAUCUGAAGAAGAUCUGCUUACUUUAUUAAUAUCUGCAAUAUGCCAUGAUUUGGAACAUUCUGGUUUCAGUAAUGUCUACCAUGUAAAUGCUCAGACCAUGCUCGCUCGAACCUACAACGACAGAUCUCCAUUGGAAAACCAUCACUGUGAUGUUGCAUUUCGCAUUCUUGAAAAAUGGGGACUACUAAAGAGUUUAUCCAAAGAACAGUAUUUAGAAGUUCGGCAAGGUAUUAUCAGGUGUAUAUUGAGUACAGACAUGGCUAAGCACCUGAAUAUUCUUCAAGAUUUUGAAGCAGUAUUGAAUGAUUUUAAUCCUGAAAAGAAGGAACAUCGAUUGCAGCUGAUGUCAAUAUUAAUUAAAGUGGCAGACAUUUCGAAUGAACUACGACCUUUGGAAGUUGCAGAGCCUUGGCUGGAAUGUCUUCUUAAUGAGUUUUUUGCUCAGAGUGAUGCUGAAAAAUUGGAAGGUCUCCCUGUAACAGCAUUUAUGGAUAGAGAAACAGUUGUCCGAUCCAAAUCACAAGUCCACUUCAUUAAAAAUGUAUUAUUGCCAUUGCUGCAGGCUCUAGCUCGAUGUUUUCCCAAGGCUGUGAGUUUACUGAUAUCACCAGCUCAUGAAGCUUUGUCUUAUUAUGAAAGACAAUCACAGGAAUAUGAAAAUGACCAACGCAAUAAAGAGGCAGCACAGAAAAUUUCUUGA